AGGAUGAGUUCCAGUGGAUCUGGCGGCUGCUGGGGAGCAGUGCGGCUCGGAUCGGGGAGAGCCGGGACGGAGCAGGAUGAACGCAGCAGCCAGCAAAGCCACACCUAUUGAAAGAUUAUGCGGUGUUUUAUCGAGGCUUAAAAGCAUAGCACCACUCGGACCACUUACAUGAGUAGUCGUCAAAAUGAGUCAAAGCGAGAUGGACGCGCAGGAGCCCUGGUCCAGCCGCCGCUCCAGGACGUUGAGGAGGAAGCUGAUGUGGAAUGCGAGGCAGCAGUGGAAGCUGCUCGGCCUGUUCGAGAUCGGGAAGCAGCACGAGUUCUACGAGUUCACCUGCAUGCUGAAGGAGGGGCUGGCAGCCGCCGUGCAGAACUCCAUCGACAACCCGCCUCCGAAUGAGCUCGUUGAAGCAGACUUCAAAAUGGAAGUGAACCAGAGACACGAUGGGUUUAAGAUGCGGACGUUUGCCGGCUCGGUCUUUUCUAAUUUCCGACAGAGGUUGGGAAUGACGGAGAAGGAGUACCAGCUCUCCCUUUCGUCCAAAGGCUUGUACCUGCAGUUCAUCAGCAACUCCAAGAGCAAGGCAGACUUCUUCCUGACGAACGACAAGAGGUUUUUCCUGAAAACGCAGAACAAAAAGGAGGUCAGAUUUCUCCUCUCCAACCUGAGGGUUUACAUGGAGCACCUGGAGAAGUACCCCCACUCUCUCAUCGUCAAGUUUCUCGGGGUGCACAGGAUCAAAAUCCCAAAUCAAGGAAAGAAGUACUUCAUAGUGAUGCAGAGUGUGUUUUACCCCGAUGAAAGAAUCAGUGAACGGUACGAUAUUAAGGGAUGUCAAGUUAGCCGCUGGACAGAUCCGGCCCCAGAGAGCAGCCAGGAGAUCGUGGUGCUCAAAGAUCUGAACUUCGAAGGAAAAUACAUCUGUGUGGACCAGCAGCGCGCCUGGCUCGUCCGGCAGAUGGAGAUCGACAGCCAGUUCCUGCAGAGGCUCAACGUGCUGGACUACAGCCUCCUGGUGGCCGUCCAGCCGCUGCACGUGGACGAGAGGAUGAAGAGCCAGUCCUUCGCCAGCCUCAUCAUUCGCACAAAGCAGUCGGUGAAUGGAAGCAGCAGCCUCAGUUUCUCAGUGCCGGGGAUCGUGGAGGAGGAGUCGGCGGUGCUGGUGUCGGAGAUGGUGUGCGGCACGGAGCAGUGCCAGGUGAGGGAGGUGCACCCGGGCAGACCCAUCCCCCUGCAGACUCUGGGGGCCCAGUCCAGCGUCGAGUCCACACUGCAGGCCCAGAACCGCAGGCUGCUGCCCAGCUUCAAGAACCCCCUGCACGUCAUCGACGGGCCCGAGGCACGCUACUUUGUGGGGAUCGUCGACAUCUUUACCGUCUACGGCUUCAGGAAGAAACUGGAGUACCUGUGGAAGUGCCUCCGGUACAGAGGACAGGCCUUCUCCACCGUCAGUCCGGACGUGUACGCCAGGCGGCUGUGCCACUGGGUGGAGUCUCACUCUGUGUAGGAAUGGAGGAGAACUGAACUGCAGCACAGCCUUGGAACCUGUACAUGGCAUAGCACCCCCGAAUGACUUUCAUUUAUAUAUAUAGUGACACAGUAUAUCUCUUCACCCUUUUCAAGACACUAUAAUUAAGUGUGUUUUUUUUUUAUUAUUGUCUUUGAUAAAACUACAACAAAGGCAGAAACAAUUCCCCAAACCUGAAGCCUUAUCCUGUAUCCAAACCAAUCCCCUUUCCAAUCCAGGUUUCAUCUAUACUGGCAAUAUAUAUAUAUACACACACACACAUACACACACACACACACACGUCUGUAUUUGAAGUGAGAGCUCAUCAUUGUUUUUUUGCUGCUUCGUGAGAGCUAGGUAAUUAGGAAUGGCAAGCCUGCCCAGCAGCAGAGUGGUUGCUGUGUAAAUAACAUUGUGAAUGAAUGAAUGAAUGAGCUCGCUGCCUGUAGAGCUGGAGGAGGUGCAGCUGCCAUGCUGUGGACCUGCAGUGCUGCUCCCAGUUGGGGUUCCAGAGUGAUUUGAUUGAAAGCACUGGCUGUUUUCACAAUUUUUUUUUUUUUUUUUUUAAGAUAUUUUUUUCAUGAAAGCUUGUAACAUUAAAUGAUACUUAUUUUAUAUAUAUUUAAAAAAAGUACUUAUUUUGACUGUUUUGCUUUUAAUUCCUUAACUCAUUCAACACAGCACAGACCUGUUUAGGAAACAAUGCGGACUGCUCAAGUAAUAUAGGAAAGUUAACUCCACUCAGAACAGCACACCACCUAUCUAAUAAACGAAUCCAUUUGGUAGAAUACACUGAAACUGCGGAAUUCAUGAUCCGAAUACAGUUUUUCUGUAAAGUUGCUUCGUGCUGAAAGAGUCCAGACUUGUUCAGUACCGCUGCCUGCCAAAUCUUGUGAUCUUCGCUGAGUUUGUGUGAUUUCAUCUUUGAACCAGCUGUACACAAGCAUCCAGACGUACCUGUUGAUGUGUCAGCCACGCAGUAACCAACACGGUCUGAUCCUGUGAUUGAAAUCUGGUGGAAGCUCAGCUCUAAUGUCCCCCGUCUAUUGGGUCACAUUUUGAACUAAACAAAAAGUUCUUUUGACAGCGAACCACGUUUUCAACUGUAUAAUUAUUUUAUUUACCCAGGUUAAUGCAAACCCUACCAACGCCCCUAUCUUUGAGGGCAGUGAAUGCGACGUUAUGGCACAAGCGCCUCGCUGAUACGGCAUGAAUGAUCUGUGAAUCCCAGUGUGUUGCAGCUUUUAUUUUUCAAUCUGGGAUGUGCUUUGUCAGUCUGACACGCCUUCAUAUGAACCAGUCUGAUGAUGAAAAGAGCUUUGGGCUCGUACACGCAGGUAUUUAAAGGAUGUAAAAAAUACGUGGGCUGUGCCUUUGCAGUUUUGCAGUUUUUAAAAGUGCAAACAAAUGCAUGUGCAGUGCCAAAUGUUAUUGCAAAUAAAAGUACCUGAAACAGUU